AUGGACGAAAACGUGAAACAGCAUUAUCUGGCUGACUCGCCGCCCAGCGUGGUCCGCCUAGAAAUCAAGUCGCACUUUGACACUCUUAAGGAUGAGAGUCUUCGGAGAUAUGCCCACUACAUGAGCAGAGCUGCGUUUGAAGGUACUCGUGUGACUUUGCGCCAGGUCUCGCCCGAGUCGGAACCUAUCUACGAUCUUAUUCUCGCCCUCCACGGAGCUUGCAAUGGCGACUGGAAGAGUCUCGCCGAAAAGACUCAGGUCAGCGAUGAACACCUCCGCUUCUUCCUCGAAUACGCCGCUCAAUUCCUGGGUAACUGCGGUAAUUACAAGGGCUUUGGUGACUCCAAGUUCAUUCCUCGGAUCCCCGCGUCUGCCCUGGAGGCUUUGGCAUCGAGCACACCGGAGACCAAGGAGGCUUUCCAGAAGGCAAACAGCACUGGUGGCGGUAUCUAUGAGACAACCGAACAGUCUAUGAUGCAUCUGGGUUACCCUGCCAGUGGUCAUAUGACCACCUACUAUCCCGACUCGCCCACAAUUACCAAGGACGAGAUUACGGCCGUUGGUGAUUUGAUGGAGAAGAAGGGCCUGGCGUUGGAGAACACGAGAAUCCGCAAGACGGCCUCGGGAGACUUUGAACUCUUGAUUGCAUCUGGAGUCACUAACCCUCCUCGGAGGGAUCGCGACCUCGGCGAGACUGAUACUUUUGAGCUCGAGGGGGCUCUCAAAGGCAAGACCCUUCGCCUGGUCUUCGGAGACUACCAGGAGGAGAUGGCUAAGAUUGCGCACAACAUUAAGCUGGCUGAGCGUAAUGCGGCCAACGAUAAUCAGAAGAAGAUGUUGGACGCAUAUGCUCUUUCAUUCGGUGCUGGAUCUAUUGAGUCAUUCAAGGAAAGCCAGCGUGUUUGGGUCAAGGACCAGAAGCCCACUUUGGAGACGAACUUGGGAUUCGUCGAGACCUACCGUGAUCCCCAUGGUGUGCGUGGAGAGUGGGAGGGCUUUGUCGCUCUGGUGAACCUGGAGCGAACUCGCGCAUUCGGUGCUUUGGUGGACAGUGCUGAGAGCAUGAUCCCCAAGCUGCCCUGGGGUACCGAUUUCGAGAAGGACAAGUUCCUCAGUCCCGAUUUCACCUCCCUGGAAGUCCUGAGCUUCGCUUGCUCUGGUCUUCCUGCCGGUAUUAACCUUCCCAACUACGACGACAUUCGUCAAAACUUGGGUUUCAAGAACGUCUCCCUCGGCAAUGUUCUGAGCGCCAAGGCCCCGAAUGAGCCCAUUCCCUUCAUUGCUGAGAAGGACCAGGAGGUCUUCCGUCGCUGCCGUGACCCUGCCUUUGAAGUUCAGGUCGGUAUCCAUGAGCUGCUUGGCCAUGGAACCGGCAAGCUUCUUCAGGAGACUGCACCGGGCGAGUACAACUUCGAUAUCUCCAACCCUCCUAUUAGCCCCGUGACUGGCAAGCCCGUGUCAACCUGGUACAAGCCUGGUCAAACGUGGAGCUCGGUGUUCGGUGCUAUCGCCUCUUCAUAUGAGGAGUGCCGUGCCGAGUGUGUUGCUAUGGCUCUGGGCUGUGACUUUGAGAUUCUCAAGAUCUUCGGUUUCGGCGAUGGCAAAGAGGACAUGGCCGGCGAGGCCGGUGACGUUCUCUAUGCAGCCUAUCUCCAGAUGGCUCGUGCCGGUCUGGUUGCUUUGGAGUUCUGGGACCCCAAGACUCAGAAGUGGGGACAGGCUCAUAUGCAGGCUCGUUACAGUAUUCUGCGCACUUUCCUCGGUGCUGGCGAUGACUUUGUCAAGUUGUCGUACACCAAGGAAGAUCUGUCAGAUCUGGAGAUCCUCCUGGACCGGUCUAAGAUCCUGAGCCACGGUCGGCCUGCCGUUGAGAAGUACUUGCAGAAGCUGCACGUUUAUAAGAGCACUGCCGAUGUCGAGGCUGGCAAGGGCAUGUAUGACGAGAUCACCUCGGUCGACAGCUGGUGGGGAUCGCAGGUGCGCGAGGUUGUUCUCAAGAACAAGGUUCCUCGCAAGGUCUUUGUUCAGGCCAACACUAUUCUGGAGGGAGACAAGGUUACUCUGAAGGAAUAUGAGCCUACUCUGGAGGGACGCAAGUCCGGAAGCCAUCAGACCAGCCGCCUAGUCGCGAUUGGGUCUGAUCUGAACGACCACACCGUGUCGGACGAAACACACUCUCAGCACCCAUCAACCACGGCGCGCCCGCCUUCUCCAACGGACUCCCUCGCGGAGGACGACAACUACACAGCUCCCCCGCCGCACUCGCCCUCCCAAGCAUCCGCCUCGAGCUCCGCGUCCGUCAGCCCUCCACCUUUCUCCUCCCUCUUCGCCUCGACCGAGUCCAGUCGCCCCAAACUCACUGAGUCCCCCGGUCCCGCUUAUCUUCCAGCUUUUGCGCCGCCGCCACCCGUCGAGGAGCGUCUCGAUUCGGCCCCUUCGUCGGCGGUUGUCGCAGACACCAAAGCAUCCUUCUCCGAUCCUAAGGGGGACGGGCUUGGCAAGAGUACCGACGACGGGGAACCGCCGCCGCCGUAUACUGAAGGCUACAGUCCACUCGAGUCGUUUACAUACACGAUGGCUGCGGCAGGAGGCGCUUCAAGCAUCAUCACCCAGGUCCAGCAGACUGGUGGACCGCCCAUCAACACUCUCGGAGAUAUCGGUGGUGAUGAGCAUAUCACGCUAGAUCUCCGGGGUACCCGGUUUACACUGUCGCGAGAUGAGCUGUUAACGCUACCAGAGUUUGUCUUGCUGUCUCUGUUCCCAAAUGGCCUCCUUCCAGAUGGUCACAUGGGUGGAUUCCAUGAGGGUGAUAUUUACCCCGUUGACUAUGACCCAGCAUCCCUCCAAUUCAUGCUAGACUUCUUCCGAUCUGUCGCGCAAUCCAUUCCCUCGCCAUUGCCUUCCGCGUCGACAUCCCCUGACCUAGAAGUUCCCGAUGUCAUGCAAAAUCCCGCACGCGACAUGCUCCAGGAUCGUGCUGGAAUUAUCGUUCUUCGUGAGGAUCUCGACUUCUAUGUCAUCCCGCCACGCCCAGACAUUGGCCAUGAAGAAAUGCUUGAAGUCAAGCGGGCUGCUGGCCGAGCCUUGCUAAAGCAGGAUGGCAUUUUCUCCGGCCUGCGCAAGAGUGAGGAGGUCGGCUCAACUGAACAGCACCUCAUUGAGAUGCUGACUGCAGGUGGGUUUGAUCGUGAGGAUCACUGGGGUCACCGGGCCCCGGAGCCUAACAAGGCGGUGAUCUGCAGUCUGGCUCUGGCCAAGCUUCGCACCGACAUUCGCGGUGAUCUUUCAAACAACAAUACUGUUGGUAUGGCUCAAAAGCUUUUGCUUUUCUGGAGAAAGCCCGCUCGCCGCUGCUGGUGGGAGGGUGUGGAUCUUGACAACGUUGAGGGUGUUGAGGGUCAGGUUAAGGUCUGGAUCCGGAGGGUGUGGACCCUCGAAAUGAGUGUUAUUGGCCUGCGGUGA